UACUUCGGCCCAGUUCCCCGGUCAAGAUGUCUGACAUGGAAGAUGAUUUCAUGUGCGACGAUGAAGAAGAUUAUGAUCUGGAAUACUCAGAGGACAGCAACUCUGAGCCAAAUGUUGACUUGGAGAAUCAGUAUUAUAAUUCAAAAGCCCUAAAAGAAGAUGAUCCCAAAGCAGCCUUAAGCAGCUUUCAGAAGGUGCUGGAACUUGAGGGUGAAAAAGGAGAAUGGGGUUUCAAAGCACUGAAACAGAUGAUUAAAAUAAAUUUCAAGCUGACAAACUUUCCUGAAAUGAUGAAUCGUUACAAACAACUCUUGACAUAUAUACGAAGUGCUGUAACAAGGAACUACUCUGAGAAAUCCAUCAACUCCAUUCUAGAUUACAUUUCAACUUCCAAACAGAUGGACUUACUUCAGGAGUUUUAUGAGACUACCCUAGAGGCAUUAAAGGAUGCUAAAAAUGACAGACUUUGGUUUAAAACCAAUACUAAGUUGGGGAAGUUAUACCUAGAGAGGGAGGAGUAUGGAAAACUACAGAAAAUUCUCAGACAGUUGCACCAGUCAUGUCAGACAGAUGAUGGUGAAGAUGACCUCAAGAAAGGCACACAGUUGUUAGAGAUCUAUGCUUUGGAAAUCCAGAUGUACACAGCACAAAAAAACAACAAGAAGCUGAAAGCUCUGUAUGAGCAGUCCUUACACAUCAAGUCAGCAAUCCCACAUCCACUCAUUAUGGGAGUUAUCAGAGAAUGUGGUGGCAAAAUGCACCUAAGGGAGGGAGAAUUUGAGAAGGCGCACACAGACUUUUUUGAGGCAUUCAAAAAUUACGAUGAAUCAGGAAGCCCCAGGCGAACCACUUGUUUAAAGUACUUGGUGUUGGCAAACAUGCUGAUGAAGUCUGGAAUAAACCCAUUUGAUUCUCAGGAGGCAAAACCAUACAAAAAUGACCCAGAAAUUCUAGCAAUGACCAACUUGGUAAGUGCCUACCAGAACAAUGACAUCACGGAAUUUGAGAAAAUCUUGAAAACAAAUCACAGCAACAUAAUGGAUGAUCCCUUCAUCAGAGAACAUAUUGAGGAACUAUUACGGAACAUAAGAACACAAGUGCUCAUCAAAUUAAUUAAGCCUUACACUAGAAUACACAUACCUUUUAUUUCAAAGGAGCUGAAUAUUGAUGUUGCAGAUGUGGAAAGUUUGCUUGUGCAAUGUAUACUGGACAACACAAUCAAUGGCCGGAUCGACCAGGUUAACCAGCUAUUGGAGCUUGAUCACCAGAAAAGAGGAGGGGCUCGAUACACAGCCCUAGACAAAUGGACCAAUCAACUCAAUUCCCUCAACCAGGCAAUUGUCAGUAAAUUAGCUUGAUUGGCUAAUCAUGAUCUCCAAGCUGUUCAUUUACCUGAUAGCCAGGAAGCUCAGAGGGCUGUCAGUGACACAACUCCUUUCAUGUACUCCCUGAUCACUGAUUGAGUGUGUGCUUAAACUGGCUAGUUUGUGUUCUGCAGUGGCAGGUACUUAAGCCUCAGCAGCUUUGUACAUCUUAUACAAAUAGAAACACCCAAUGGAAAUCUGCUGUUCCAAGUCUUUAAAGUCUACUGUCACAGUGUUCUUUAGACUAUGGUGAAGUCACCUUGGGAGGCGGGGAGAUGAUAUUUUAAUCACAUGUUUUGACAUUUGGUUAUGGCAACAAAAAGCUUUUUUUUUUUUAGAGGUAUACAUUUUACCUUUUUGGGGAGGUGUGAAAGCAUUCUGUAAUAAACUAAACAUGUUUAUCUGUUA